CAAGAAACGGCAAAUAUUAUCAGAUUUAAAAAAAAAAAAUCCACGCUGCCGGUACACCAACAAAGUAAGAAAAAGUUGAAACUCAAAGCGAAACUGAGUCAGGCGCAAAGGUGUAUACCAGAGAAAGUUUAGCUCAUUUAAAUAUGAAAGCAUUUAUCAAGUCUGGCUCUAUCAUUCAGUAUCGAAGGGUGGCUACUGUUGUAAGAUUUGUGAAAUGUUUGCACGACAGAGAAGUUCCAAAACAGCAUUUGUCACUAGAAGUGUAAAAUUAGAGACACAUCCGACAAGGCAGCUAAACGCUCACCAAGAGAGCCUUAAACACAAAGAAGCAAUGAAGAGAUUAAGUGACUAUAAACCAAAUGUAAACAUAUAUCGCCAACUUCUAACACAAGAGCAAGGUGACAUAUCUAAAAACAAAGCUGCUGUGAAGAAGAUCUUUCAAUGCAUUCAUUUUCGCAUACAGAAAAAAAUGGCUUUCACAGAAAACACAGAGGAUCUAGUGAGGUUAGUGGCGAGUCUCGGUGUUAAGGACUUACAAGAACAUUUAGAUAAGGAAGUAAAAUCAAAGUACUUAUCAACAUCAUCCAUCAAUGAAAUGUUAAUUUGUAUGUCCGACCUCUUUGAACAGGAUCUGUUAAGCAGUAUUCGUGAAAAGGAAUUCUCACUUUUAGCGGAUGAAUCCUCUGAUCAGGCACAUCGAAGUCAAAUGAGUGUCAUGGCUCGAUUUGGAACUGAGAAUUCUGUAGCAACAAAUUUUCUUGGUUUUAUCAAGCUGAACAAAGGGGAUGCAACAUACAUUACGUCAGCUCUGGAGGGUUUUCUUGUGGCUAAAGGCAUCGACAUACACAAAAAGCGUUUCACUGGAUUUGACGGAUGUAACACAAUGAGUGGUGCUCAAACAGGUGUUCAGAGGAGGAUGUCACACCUCAGCUCAUUUUCAACAUAUGUAAACUGUCGGAACCACCGUCUGGCCCUAUGUUUGACGCAUCUGAUAAAAAGAUUCCCGGUCCUGCAAGACGUUGACUCGGCACAUUUGUCACUCUGGAAGCUGUUUGAUUAUUCUCCACGAAAGUUUAAAGUUUUCAGACAUAUCCAGACUGUUUAUGGGGUUAAGCCGUUCGCAAUCACUAAGGCCUGCACUACUCGCUGGCUUUCACACCUCCAGGCUGCUGCCAGAUUUGUUUCAAGGUAAAUUGUGAUUUCUAUGACAGCUAUGCUGGGUUUUUUAAAAAACAAUUAGCAAUGAUUGAGCGAAAAAUAUCAUACUAGUCUUAAUGUCCUUGACAAGAUUUUCACGUUAAACUUUGACUAUUAAUUUAUGACUUAGUUACAUUAUCAGACUACUAUCUUUGUUGCAAGACCUCACAUUUUGUGACAGUGAUUACAUUUUCACUUAGGUUCUGUCAGUUUAAAUUUCCAUUUCAGGUAGGUUCUGUCAGUUUAAAUUUCUAUUUCAGGUAUGUGUGUAUACUUGAUACACUUGACUCGCUGUAUGCUCUCUUGGUGUGCUUUUAGCUGCCUUGUCAGAUAUGUCCCUAAUUUUACAUCUCUAGUAACAAAUGCUAUGUUAGAGGUUUUCUGUCAUACAAACUUUUCACAAAUCUUACAAUAGUAGCCUACCUUGGAUAGAAAAUGAUACAACUAGGCUUGGUGGUUUUAAGAGUAAGAUGCCCUUUAAUAUUGUUUGAAUUGUUUUUCACAUCUCUAGGAGGAAUAUAUCAACUUCACGACCCUCCCAGAACAUGUGAAGAACACCACCCAGGAGCUUGAAAUCAUUAUUGAGAAGUACAGAGCAAGCAAUCUAGAAACCAGUGAUACUGAGUUUAGAAAGUGUGCAGCCCUCUUUGAUGAGAUCAAGGAUAGGACAACUCUAGAGAGGAGAGUGAGAUACAAUGACAAUCAGCAACAUGUAACACCAGAAAUAUACCUUAAAGAGACAGGAAUUCCGUUGGUUUAUGAUUUGAUGCAGGAAAUACAAGAUGCAUUCUCUACUGGUCAUCCCGUCUUAUCGACUAUGGAUUUCUGACACAAUAGCUGAUUUACCAGAGUAUGGAGAGGGUUUUGUGGAGAAGUUGGCAGAAUUUUACGGUCAACCCAAAGAAGACCACUUUCAGGGACAUGUCACUGUGAGACCAGCAUUGAUGGAUCCAAAUCUUCUUCGAACAGAAUUGAGAAGUUUCAAAACCCAAUUGUUCCUCCUAAGACCAAUUGCUGUGCAAAUGACUAUAUUAUUGUAAAACUCUAAAACAGAAAUUGUAAAGGAGACAUGGUAAAACUACUGUGGGCACUAUAUACCAAGAGUUUCUACAGGAUCCUGUCUUUCAAGAUUGCUUCCCACUUGUGUAUCGGCUGAUUUAUUUUGCAAUGAUAUUGCCAUCUUCACUUGCUGUUGUAGAGAGGAGUUUCUCUCUCAUGGGAAACAUUCUGACCAAAAAGAGAAACAGACGUACUGAAAAACAUUCAUGCUAUCAUGCGUGUCACUCAUAUUCAAUAUGAUCUAUAUGACGAAACCUUAGAACGUCUUGUUGACAGUUUCAAAUCAAAUAUGAAUAGGAAGUUGAAGUUGUAAAUCAAAGCUGUUAUCCGUAACUCUUUGCAUUUAAAGAUGUACUCUUACUCCCAUAUAAGAUGAACCACAAUUAAUAAUAGUUUGAAUAUUCCAAAAAGGAUGAAUUAAUGUCUAAAACAAUGUUUUUAUGAAGGAUACCGAGUUUAAUUUGAUAGAAAUAAGCAUAAAACAUGGCAUUUCUACCUUAUUAACAUAUAGUAGACCACAGUAAAUCUUUAAGCAUUCAUCAAUCAUUUAAUAUUUUUUCGCUUUCUGCUUUUAAAUACACGGUUACAAUCGUUUUAUCAAUUAAUUCUUUUUCAUAAGUGCAUUAUCUAGUAAGUAAUUUAAGGU